GUGAAACCCUAGAGAGUAGGGAACGAGUGCGUUUGGAAUACGACCGGAAGGCGCCGGAGGAUUAGCAGGUUGUCAGGGACGGUUUGUUAUUGUAUUGUGUGUAUUGGAGGCAAGAUGGCGGAUGAGGAUUUUCUCUUAGCUCUCAGGCUGCAGGAGCAGUGGGACAGCGAGAUCUCAGCUCCAGGGUGGAGCGAGUUCCAUCCCGUGAGCAAAAAGCGCAGGGUGGAUUCCUCCGGCCGGGAUGCGGGUCUGUACUCCCGGCCUGUCGAGCCCGAAAGGCCGCUGUCCAUCGUGGACAAAUCGUGGGAGAUGCUGGACCCUAAUCCAGAUGUUCGAGCGAUGUUCCUGCAGUUCAACACCAUGUUCUUCUGGGGCAAACUCAGCGGCGUGGAGGUCAAAUGGAGCCCCAGGAUGACCCUAUGUGCCGGCGUGUGUUCGUACGAAGGCAGAGGAGGCCUGUGUUCAAUCCGUCUGAGCGAACCUCUUCUCAAACUCCGGCCACGCAAAGACCUAGUGGAGACGCUCCUCCACGAGAUGAUCCACGCCCUGCUUUUCGUCACGCAGAACAACCGAGACCGAGACGGACACGGGCCGGAGUUCUGCAAACACAUGAACCGGAUCAACCAAGACAGCGGGACGAACAUCUCGAUUUAUCACUCCUUCCACGACGAGGUGGACGUGUACCGGCAGCACUGGUGGCGCUGCGACGGCCCGUGCCAGAGCCGCAAGCCAUACUUCGGCUAUGUGAAGCGGGCGAUGAACCGGGCGCCGUCGGCCAGAGACCCAUGGUGGGAGGAGCACCGAAGAACGUGCGGAGGAACGUACACCAAGAUCAAAGAGCCAGAGAAUUACGGGAAAAAGGGGAAGAGUGAGGAGGAGAAGAAGGAGAAGAACACCUCGAGGAAGCACGGGGACAAACUGAAAGCAAGCAGCAAAGGUUCUCAGGACAUCAGGAACAUCAUCCCAUUCAGCGGUAGAGGUGUUGUUCUUGGUGGGAGCACACAGAAACUGGCUUUCCAAAGCCCCACCCACUCACCCAAACCCCUCCAGGAACCAGAUCGGACUUCACCAAAUCAGACUCUACCAGAUCGGACUUCACCCCCCCAAGUUUCCACCCCCACUGCUCUUCCAAAAAGGUCGGUCAGCAACCACGAAGCCUUCGUGAACAUUAACGGCUCUCCUGUGAGAGUCACGAAAACCAACAAAAGCCUGGUAAGACCCAAACAGAGCACAGUGCAGGAUCUGUUCCGAAAAGGAAACCUGAAAUCUCCAAAAGAAACGAUUCCAACCGAACCUAAAGUCAAAACCAGUCCAAGGUCCUCGAGGACCUCUGGUUCUGCAGGGUCACCAAUUUCCAAGUACUUCAGCAGCGCCAAGAGUGUUGGAUCCGGAUUUAACCCAGAAAACGGCCUUCCGGGUUCUUCGGGUCUCUUUAAAACCUGUAAAAGUUCCGCAACCGGAAUCUUCAAAUCCGACUCUUCAUCUGGGAGCAAAUCCGAACCCGGUGUUCCAAAGCCCUACUUUGGAGGAACCGGAACUUCCAGUGCAAGUUCUCCCAGCUUUUUUGUUAAAGGUGCUCCAAGAUCAAGUUUAGGAACCAAAACCCACGCUUCUUCCAGCAUUCCAGGCUCCCAUCCUAGACUCUUGGGAAGUCCGGAGAAGAGAAAAUCUGGGUCUGUGAUUCCGGAUUCAACCUCCAGACCAGGAAAAAGAGGGCGGGAAGAUGAGAAUUCUGCGCACAUGUUCGAUUUCUUUCAAAGACUCAGCUCCCCGGCGUCAUCCUCCUUGCCCAGGGAGGAGAAAGAGACGGGAACCGAGGCUGAAGCGCCACCAGGAGGGGGUAGUACCCUUCUCGGCUCUAGUGGCCUCACUGUGAUCUGCCCCGUGUGCCAGGGCAAAGUGCUGGAGUCCCAAAUUAACCAGCAUUUAGACUCCUGUUUAAUGUGACCAUGAGUGUGUGUGUGUGUGUGUGAGAGAUACACAAUUUUUUGUUUCCAAAAAAAAAAUCCUGAUUUUGAUAUCAACAAGAGGCGGGGCUUAAACUGGCAAUUGCUAUCACAACAUAACGAGAGCAAUCAAGCUCCGUGUUUACCGUACUCAGGACCACCCAGUUUCAGGUACAAGAGCAGGAUUGUUUUCUGAGGACAUUGCAGUACAUAAUUCGACAUUUUUUCCGGCUUUUUGAUCCUUUUGUCAAACUAACGAACCAGAACACAAGAAAGAAUUUUCGUCUCUCCCACGUCAUAGGUAGCAUUUCCACCACUUCAGAGUCUCGGAUUCCUCUCCACCUGCCGUAUUCCAUACUCGGGGUGCUCCGGAUAUUUCUGUAUCGCCGUUAAUCACGUCUUCCAGUGAAUCGUGGCAGAAAACGUCUUGCGGUCGUUGCGAUGUUCUCAGGGUGAUGAUGGGUGGGUUUGUUUUAAAAUGAACGGUCAGUUUUAUUGUCCGGACACGAUGCUGAUGCUGCUAAACGUUUUUUCAUUUAUUUUUAAUAACUAUUAUAUACUAUUAAUUCCAUUUUCAAAGAUUUUUAAGAUUUUAUACAUUUGUCUCAGGUUCGUGUUUGAAUAAAUAAUCCUUAAUCUGCAA